UACACAAAAAAGACCUCUCAACAGGCCGGCAAGAAUUGGCGCAGGCGCAGAACAGCAGGAUAGCUUGGAUGGGCGCUGCCCUCAGGACGCUACAAUGGAUUUGGCGUACAUCUGUGAGUGGGAGAAACGGCCGAAGAGCAACCACUGCCCCUCCAUCCCGCUGGUCUGUGCCUGGUCUUGCCGCAACCUGAUUGCUUUUACCACAGACCUCAAGAACGAGGAGGAAAAAGACCUCACCCACAUGAUCCACAUGCUUGACACGGAGCAUCCAUGGGACGUCUAUUCCAUUAAUUCUGGACACGUGGAGAUGAUCACCUGCUUGGAGUGGGACCAGUCUGGGUCCAGGCUUCUCUCUGCAGAUGCGGACGGCCACAUCAAAUGUUGGAGCAUGACAGACCACUUGGCCAACAGCUGGGAGAGCACCGUGGGCUGCAGUGUAGAGGGGGACCCUAUUGUGGCACUCUCCUGGCUGCACAAUGGCGUGAAAUUGGCUUUGCACGUGGAGAAGUCUGGAGCGUCGAAUUUUGGGGAGAAGUUUUCCCGGGUCAAGUUCUCCCCGUCACUGACCUUGUUCGGUGGGAAGCCCAUGGAGGGCUGGAUUGCAGUCACCAUAAGCGGCUUGGUCACCGUCUCGCUCCUCAAGCCGAACGGGCAGGUCCUGACCUCCACAGAGAGCCUUUGCCGCCUGCGCUGCCGGGUGGCCUUGGCGGACAUUGCCUUCACGGGCGGGGGCAACAUUGUGGUAGCCACCUCGGAUGGCAGCAAUGCCUCUCCGGUCCAGUUCUACAAAGUCUGUGUCAGCGUGGUCAACGAAAAGUGCAAGAUCGACACGGAGAUCCUUCCCUCCCUCUUCAUGCGCUGCACCACGGAUCCAGCUCGGAAGGACAAGUACCCAGCCAUCACCCACUUGAAAUUCUUUGCUCGGGAUAUGUCAGAGCAGAUGCUGCUGUGUGCCUCCAAUCAAAACAACAGCAUUGUAGAGUACUGGUCUCUGCGCAAAGAGGGUCUGCCAGUUAACAACAUCUUCCAAAAGCUGUCGCCCACAGUGGGGGACAAGCCGCCGAUGAUUCUGAAGUGGCGGAUCCUCUCGGCUACCAACGACCUGGAUCGGGUAUCAGCCGUGGCAUUGCCCAAGCUGCCCAUCUCCUUGACCAACACAGACCUGAAAGUGGCAAGCGACACCAAAUUCUUCCCUGGGUUGGGCCUCGCUCUCGCCUUCCACGAUGGCAGCGUUCACAUCAUCCACCGCCUCACGCUGCAGACGAUGGCGGUCUCCUACGGCUCCCAGCGCCCGGUUGAUGAACCGGCCAUCAAGAGGCAGCGGGCGGCCGGUCCCUCGGUCCACUUCAAAGCUGUGCAGAUGUCGUGGACAUCGCUGGCGCUGGUUGGGAUCGACAGUCACGGCAAGCUGAGCAUGCUCCGCAUCUCCCCCUCCAUGGGCCACGUCCUGGAUAUGAACAUGUCUCUCCGCCACUUGCUCUUCCUGCUAGAGUAUUGCAUGGUCACCGGCUAUGACUGGUGGGACAUCUUGCUUCACGUCCAGCCCGGUAUGGUGCAGAACCUGGUGGAAAAGCUGCAUGAAGAAUACAUGCGCCAGAAUGCAGCCUUGCAGCAGGUUCUCUCCACGCGCAUCAUCGCCAUGAAGGCUUCCCUGUGCAAGCUCUCCUCUGCCACGGUGGCCCGGGUGUGCGAUUACCAUGCUAAACUCUUCCUGAUUGCCAUCAGCUGCACCUUGAAGUCACUCCUCCGCCCCCCUCUCCUGAACACCCCGGACAAGAGCCCCGGGGACCGACUCACUGAGAUCUGUUCCAAAAUCACUGACGUCGAUAUUGACAAGGUGAUGAUAAACCUGAAGACGGAGGAGUUUGUCGUGGAAAUGACCACGCUGCAGUCACUCCAACAGCUGAUCCAGUGGGUGGGCGACUUUGUCCUCUACCUCCUCGCCAGCCUCCCAAAUCAGGGAACUGGCCCAGUCCGCCCAGGUCACAGCUUCUUGCGUGACGGUGCGUCGCUGAGCAUGCUGCGCGAAUUGAUGGUCGUGAUCCGGAUCUGGGGGCUCCUGAAACCCAGCUGCCUCCCCAUUUACACAGCCACUUCGGACACGCAGGAUAGCAUGUCCCUGCUCUUCCGCCUCUUGACCAAGCUCUGGCUUUGCUGUCGCGAUGAGAACCACCCCAGUGAGCCGGACGACGCCUUGAUUGACGAGUGCUGCCUCCUACCCAGCCAGCUGCUCAUCCCCAACAUUGCUUGGCUCCCAGCCAAUGACGCCAUCAUCAGCAGGCUACAGAACAAACAGCCGGUCCGCCUGCAGUUCGGGAAGCCCCCGGGACUGGUGGGUCACGCCACCUCACUGCAGUUUGAUGCCUUUGCCAGGGCACCUGGGCAGCCCAAAAUUGACCAUUUGCGUCGGCUUCACCUUGGGGCGUACCCCACUGAGGAGUGCAAAUCCUGUACCAGGUGCGGCUGCGUCACGAUGCUCAAAUCCCCUAACAAGGCAACGGCCGUGAAGCAGUGGGAACAGCGGUGGAUCAAGAACUGCCUCUGUGGCGGCCUUUGGAGGAAGAUGCCUCUUAACUACUCGUGACAGCACCCCCUGUGGGGAAGGAGGAAGGACUGCAGAGAGAGAUGGCCGUGGGAGAGGAAGCCCCAAACCCACAUCCUGGGGCACUGCAAGAGAUUGGCCUGAGCCUGGGCUGGGGGAUGAAAGGGAGAACUAGGAGGGCUGAACUCUUUUGUGGUUUACUUGGGAGGGGGGGAUGGAUUUAGAUGAAAAACCACCAAAGAGGAUUUAUGGAGGCCUGUCUGCAGACAUUUCUCACUACACAGAAGCGAUGGCGAAUAGAGCGGCUGAAGACUGCUCCCCACCUCUGUACCAGGAUCUGUCCCCUCUGUCCAAAAAUGGCUGCAUCUGGUACUGGAACUCUGGGUUGGGUCAGCAUCCCUUUUGUGAAGAAGGAGGUGGUUGAAUUCAGGGACACAAGCUUGCACUGGGGUGUGGGGGGGAGGUGUCGUGUUUCUGCACUGUAAAAAAAACAAAACCAAACCUCCCUGCAUGCGGUAAAGCAGCACACCAAGCAGGAGGUGGUGCUGAAAACCUUUCUUCCUGGUGCACUAUCUUUCUACAUGCAGGUGCGCUGCCUCAGUCUUUGCAAGAGUUCCUAGUUCUGUAUGUGCUCGAUGUGCCUCUAUGGGGUUUCUUUUCUAGCCCCCGAAGUCAAAGAGAUUUGCCCAGGGGAAGCGCACAUCCCAAAGAUCACCAUGCCAAUUCCACACAUUCCUGGGGCAUAUCCCCUGAGUGUGAUCUUGUUUCCCCUUCCAACCCCAACCUGUUUUUGGUGGCUUCACCGCUGCUGUUCUGCCAUGCACAGAAAGAGGAAAACUUCCUUGUAUGGAAGGAGGAGGAUAGGGAAGGGGUAUGGGGCAGUGUAAAAUUACCAGUUGUUUGUUUUGUAAAUCAAACUUUGA